CAGGGCUCAAUCCCAGGACCCUGGGAUCACGCCCUGAGCCGAAGGCAGACGCUUAAUGACUGAGCCACCUAUGUGCCCCCCAAUAAAUAAAUAUCUUUUUUUAAAAAAAAGAUGAUUUUUAUUACAAUGUGUUUGAUUCUAUGUGGAGAUUCCCAAGUGGCCAAAAUGCAUUGUGACCCAGCACAGCAGAAUGAAUGAAGGUGCAUUUAUGGUGUAAUUAACAAACAGCUGUCUGCCCUAGGUGGUUUAUUUAGCUGCCCACACCGUAAGAGUAGUACGCAACUGCAGGGAAAUAAGUGUUUAAGAGCCCUCGUGGUCGUAUACAUUUGGAAGUCGAGCAUACCUCUCCUGUAAUCAUGGGACUGUGGGGACCGCCCCCCCCCGCCACACAUGCUCUUUACGGCUGUACCAGGAAGGAGGAUCUGGUGGCGGGUGGGGGGGUCCUGCUUCCAUCUGUUCUUUUCAGAGGCAACCCCGAUGAGCUCAAAGCAUCUGGUAUUGAUUUCUGAGAGUUCUGCAGCAAGAGCCGCCAUGAGUUCUUGGUUCUGUAUUUUAUUUCAGGAUUUCAGCUCCUUCAUGUUCCCAAACCUUGUCUGUAAUCAGCUGUGGGGCCUGAGGAGUAUGCACACAGCCACGGAUUGACAUUUGGUAUUAAUAGUUCGGAGACUCUUUACGUCCUGACAUGCUUAUCCAUCUUAGAUUUCAGGUCAAGGCAGUUUUGACUGAUGUCUCCUAGCUACGAAGGGCUGGCGCUGGGAGGCAGACCCCACAGCCUGUCUAGAAGCCUGCAAUCUCCGCCGUCCUAAUGCUUCCUCCGUCCCUUUGCCUGGUCCCAUGGGCAUCUUUAGCCAUAGGAGCGGUGUGUGUCGAAUCAUCCACCUGGGUGGCAAGGUCUCAGCUUUAUCUCUUCAGAGCUGGCUGCCCUUAAGGAGGAAUUUGAUCUCUCUGAGCACAGAGCUCGGUUUUCCAUCUGUGAACUGGGGCGAGUGAGCCCUGCCCUCCUGUCUCACCAGGUGGAUAUAUUGACCAGCUGAUGCUGACUCUAGUCACCCUUCUGUCCCUGGCGUAUAGCACAGCACCUGCCACAUUGUGGGUGCGAAAGGCAUGUUAGUUCCUGUACCUUCUCUCCUCUUCUAGAAGCUGGACUUUGGAUCAGAGCUAGGUGUUGCAUGGGAUGCUCCGAACAGGUAACAACUUGGAUACGGUCAGAAAUCUCAUUCUGUCUCUCACUCUUGUUCUUUCUUUUGUAGUAAAUAGAACUGGACUCAGCAUCUCUCUGGGCAAAGGAGAGAACUCUCCCCAGAAGGCGAGGAAGGGACUCCUCCUUCUUAAUGGGCCAUGGGCCUUCUCGCCGUGUAGGAUAAGAGCAGGCCACACCACGUGUCACAUGCAGGGGGCAUUGAGUGGACAUUUAACUGAGGCUUGUUCACGUCAGGACUGUCAUGACCAGACGGGUAAAUACAGAGAUUAGAAGGACCUUGCAGGUGUGGAGAACACCAUAGCCGGAGCUGAGACUCGCACGCAGGACAUCUUGGGGUGGGGCUGUGGGACAGUGGGCCCCUCUGUGUAACGGGAUUGCCUGAGUUUCAUGGCAGACAGUGCUGGAGUGGUGAUCGGGGAUGAGGCUGUGGUGGGUCCUGCCCCCUACCCAGUUAGAGAAUUUGGAUGUUGUCUUUAAGAGACUGUAUUGACUCAAGGUUUUUGAGCAAGGGGAGUCAGGACGGAGGCUGAAUUUGAGGGUGGAUCGAGACCAGCAGGUCCUGGAGGCAGGGCACACUGUUGGACUUGCAGGAGAAACAUGUGCUCGGACAGACAGGUGGGGGUGAGUACCCAGGUGGAGCUGAGUGCACAGGUAGAGGUGAGCACCCGGGUGGAGCUGAGGACCCAGGUGGAGCUGAGCACACAGGUGGGGGUGAGUGCCGAGGUGGGGGUGAGCGCCCAGGUGGAGCUGAGGAUCCAGGUGGGGGUGAGCACCCAGGUGGAGCUGAGGACCCAGGUGGAGCUGAGCACACAGGUGGGGGUGAGCGCCCAGAUGGAGCUGAACGCCCAGGUGGAGCUGAGCGCCCAGGUGGGGGUGAGCACCCAGGUGGAGCUGAGCACACAGGUGGGGGUGAGUGCCGAGGUGGGGGUGAGCGCCCAGGUGGAGCUGAGGAUCCAGGUGGGGGUGAGCACCCAGGUGGAGCUGAGGACCCAGGUGGAGCUGAGCACACAGGUGGGGGUGAGCGCCCAGAUGGAGCUGAACGCCCAGGUGGAGCUGAGCGCCCAGGUGGGGGUGAGCACCCAGGUGGAGGUGAGGACCCAGGUGGAGCUGAGCACCCAGGUGGGGGUGAGGACCUGGGUGGAGGUGAGGACCCAGGUGGAGCUGAGCGCCCAAGUGGGGGUGAGUGCCCAAGUGGGGGUGAGCGCCCAGGUGGGGCUGAGGACCCAAGUGGAGCUGAGCACACAGGUGGGGGUGAGCGCCCAGGUGGAGGUGAGGACCCAGGUGGAGCUGAGCACCCAGGUGGGGGUGAGCGCCCUGCCGGUUGUGCGGUGGUACCUGGAGGAGGUGGCCUGGAGACCCACCCCAGCCCUGAGCUAGCAAGAAGUGUGGGGAGGAAACAGCUCUGCAUGGCUCCCAGGCCCUGACACCCCUCAUUUCCAGCCUUUUCUGCAGGAUUGGGGCAAGGACAGGCUGCUGCCUGAAUAGUCCAGGACAGGAGUCUGAGGUCAAGGUGACUGAAGAGGGUCUGCGGCAUGGCUGCUGCCUCCGUGGCCAGGGAGAAAGAGGACGUUGUGUGACAGUGAACUGAAUCCUUAGCACCGAGCACCGGACUUUGGGUCCCGUGAUUAGAGAACGGCAGUUAGGAAACCCUCUGUCCUCAUUUUCUAUCAGGGCCUGGUUCCUGUUCUUUUUGGUUUGGUGGAUGAUGGUUCUGUGGCUCAGUGUCUGUCCUUAUGUCCCCACGGAGCACAUCCUGGUCCCAGUGGUUUCCUUGUUGCCAAAUCUGAUAUCUUCCUGUCCUAACUGUACUCCUCCCUUCUGCCAGCGUUCCACUCCCCUCUUCCUGAAACUCUUUCCUUAUAUUCUAGGACAGGGUCAGUGCCCUGCAGCCCAUGGGCCACAGCUGGCCCACCGCCUGCCUCUGUGAAUGAAACUUUAUCGGAGCACAGCCACGCCUGUUCACGGAUAUAUUGUCCGUGGCCCCUUUCGGACCACACAGCAGAGUUGAGUCGUCAUGACUCAGACCCUGUGGCCUGAUUAUUUGUUAUCUGGCCCCAUACAGGGCAUGUUCUAUCCCAGUGCCCUCCCCGGUCUCCUUCCACGCCAGGAGCUGAGGGCACGAGUGUGAGCCCAUUCGCAGGGGAGGCUGGGAAAGCUCCGGCUAAAGAAUCACUCCGAAUACUAAAGAAGCCCCCCCCCCGGCCCACCUGGCUCAAGAAAUAGCGUCUGACAUUUCCUCCUAAUCAAAAAAGGAAAGCUCUUAGCAUUAGUGUGUCCUCAUACACAGUGUGGUCUGGCCCUGGGCACAGUUCGCUUACAGGCAUCACCUAGUCUCACUGUCAUGGGCAGGCUUCCGCGGCGGGCCCCGUUUCCAGCUGCCUCUCUGAGUUUGGGAGACUGAAGCAGGAAAGCCCUGCGAUGCAGCCAAGCGGACUCGGGGCCCAGCCGACGCCACGGCGGUGGGCUGCCUCCAGAGGGCACUGGUGGUUCAAAGCCAGCGCCCAACACCAAGGCAGCAGUGGCUGGGCAGCCACUGUGUGGAGCCCGGUGAGGUUCCCGAGGCUGAGCCUUGCCGUCCGGAGUGCAGAACCACAUUCGAAAUCCAACAAAGCCCAGGGGGGACACCCAACAAACCAUGAGCCUUCAGAGCAGUCUUGGGCCUUACAGAGCGUGCGCUCUGAGCAGUGGGGCGCAGUCCCGGUGCAGCGGGAUCUCUGUGCCAGCUGUGCUCUGUGAAGCACACAUGAGUGUGUGUACGGGUCUUCCUGCAUGUUGUGCUGUAUGUCACUCUCCUCUCUUACGGAGCCCGUGGUGAAACUAGAGCCACGCCAAAAGCUCAGAGAGAAUUUGUGCAUGGACCAAGCAUUUUCCUCUGCUCUCCCUGCUGAGUUUUGACCUUGCAGGGCCUUAGGGUAGGUCUGGGGUCUGCCUGUUCGUGAGGACGGCCCAGGAUGGGAGCAGCGUGUGCAAGCGGAGCUUGUUAAGCCUGUGUGUGAUCUUUAAGCCCCGUUGGUGCCUCGCCUCUGGGGAGGGAAAGCAUCCAGGACCCUGUUGUGAAGGCCUGACAUGCCCCAGGGUGGAGGAGGUAUGCAUGUGAGGAUGGGGAGGACACAGGAAGAACUUCUAGUGACAGCAGGUAGAUGAGGUCAAGCAAGGAAACUCCGUGUUUCAGGAAGACACUUGGCUUCAUCUAGUAGAAACAGGCCAGAGGGGGCUUCUGAGCAGCUGAAGCCAGGACUGCAGGUGACCCCAUGGCUGAAGGGAGCAGUGGUACCCAUCCUGUUGGCAGGGAGUCCAGCAGCAACACCCCAGACAGGAUGUCAGGACCUCUGCCUCUGAAGGGCCCUCUCACGGCCUCGUCCCCCAAGAAUCCCAGAGCCAUUCUUGCUUACUCAUCGUAGAGCUCACUUCGAGCAAAUGUGCAAGGUAACAUUUCUGCCAUCUUCCCAUCCCAGGAUGUUGCCUGCUAGAUCCAAACCCAGGGUGGGCCUCGGUGAGGGCUGUAGUGCAGGUGGGGGCAGUGACACCAGGGGCAGUGAGACCACCUUUACCGGAGGGACUUGAGAAAGGUAUGUUCUUGUCUUUCUCUCUCCUUUCUUCUCUUCUUCUAGCGGCCUUCAGGUGCAUGUCUGAAAUUUUACCUUCCUGUUCUCAUGUAUUGACUGGUGGAAAUCCCUAUUUCCUCCUGGCUUUCCUUUUGGUAUCUUUGCAUUUUAAAAAAACGCGGUAAAUAACACCUAACAUGAGAUCCACUCUCUUAACGAACUUUUAAGAGUGCAGUCCACGUUGGCCACGGGCACAGUGUUGGACAGCAGACGUCUGCCGUGUCUUCUCAUCCUGCCUGGCUGAAGCCGGUACCCACGGCAGCCCUGCGUUUCUUCUCCUCCCAGCUCCUGCAACCACCGCCGUACAUUCUGCUCCUGUGAGUUCAGCUGCUUCAUGUGCCUCCUACGAGUGGACUCAUGCGGUAGUUGUCCUUCUGCACCUGCUGUGUUUCGCUCAACCCAGUGUCCUCAAGGUCCCUCCUCGCUGUAGGCGGUGCCAGAGUUCUUUCUCUCACAUGGCUGAGUCGUGCCCGUGCAUGCGCCUCUCUGUGUGUAUCCUCAUCCAUCAACGCACAUUUAGGUGUUUCUGCCUCUGAACUGUUGUGAGUAACGCUGCUCUGAACAUGGGUGUGCAGAUGCCUCCUCAAGACCCGGGUUUCAGGGUUUUAUUGGCUCAGUAUGCCUACUCGUUCCACUUCUAAUUUUUUAAGGAACUUUGAUACUGUCUUCCAUAGUGGCUGCACCUUUUUAUAUUCCCAGCAACAAUGGCAAAGGUUCCAGCCUCUCCAUAGCCUCACCAACAUUUAUCAUGUUCUGUUUUUUAACGGACAUCCUAGCAGGUGUGAGGUGGGAUCUCAUUGAGGUGUUGAUUUGCAUUUCCCUGAUGGCAAGUGAUAUUGAACAUCUUUUUAUGUGCCUCUUGGCUACAAACCUGAAUCAGGGAGACACAGGAAAUCUGAACAGACCAAUACUAGGAAAAAAAAUUGAAUUGGAGGGGCCCCUGCAUGGCUCAGUCAUUAAGCGUCUGCCUUCGGCUCAGGGCAUGAUC